AAUGGAUUAUUACAGUGGUGGGUGUGCUACAAGGAUGUAUGCUUUUUAAAAUAUUGUUAUGUAGUGUGUGUAUGUUGAACCACAUUAGUCCAGUGAUGUCAGUGGUGAGUGCAACGUGUAAACCUGAUGUGUCAGGACAUUAAAUAAGUGACCACUAUCUGCAACUUUUACUAUUUUUUUUUUAUUUUUUUUUCUGAUAAGUGUGUACACUAGAUAGAGUAUUAUUGUAUUGUGACAAUUAAUAGUUUGUUAACUUUUUAUUACAAAUUGUAGAUGAUGAUAAGGUGUGUUAUUUUUAAAAAAUGUUAUUGUACACACGUUGGAAUCCCAGAUCCCCAGAUGAUGAUGUGAUGAGAGAAAUGCUUUAAAAAAAACAACAAUUAUCAGUCGCUUAUGGUGCAAUAGUAUGACUAAUAUUUACCUUUUUAAAUUAUUAUAACCAAGGUGUACGUACGAGUAUGAAGAUAUAUACGUGCAAAUAUAUAUAUACAUAUAUAUUAAAUUAUUAGUAUUUUUAUUGGACAAUAUUGGAUACUGUGUACUGGUGGUUUAUUUUUGUUUUUCCUCAUCUUGGAUCAGUGCAGUGGAAUGCAUUUUAUUAAUGGACACAACUGUUGCGUCAAUAAAAUAUAUAUGUCGAUAUAUUUUUCGUGUGCAAUAUUUAUUAUUAAUUAACCCUGCUGAUUGUUGAUUGGGGGAGUAGUCAAUUUAUUUAUUUAUUUAUUUAUUUAUCUGCUGAGAGAGGUGGAAGUUUUUUUUAGAAAAUUUUUUAAAAAUAAUUGAGCAAGAAUCAACAAAAGGACCACGUGGAGGCAGUGCAAGUUCACGAAAAAAUAUGUACAAGCAUGUCCGAGAGCAGGAUGCAGGUAGAGUACGAGGAGGUAGAGAAAACAGAAGAGGGUUCACUGUACGUGUUCCCCACCGAGCAGGGUCGUGCACCCACUUUAAAUCCUACCGCAACAAGAUUGCCAGCAAUAAUGACAUCAACUCUGUCAUGGGUAAAAGACGUUGUGGAGUCAGAGGAAAGUGGCGAUUUGGUAAAAGGCCGACGCUACGCUCCCUCGUUAACGCUGCGUACUCAUGCCAGGUCAGCAAGUCAUGCUGGAGUACUGGCAUCACCACCAGCCGCUUGCCAACAGUCAAUGAAUCUUUCGGGUCCAUUGCCAAAUAUACCAGUGACCUCUUCUGUAACGGGUGCUAUGCGCCCAUCUGCGUUAAAAAAACCCGGGCAUCAGCGUGCAUUCUCACAGGGUCAAGUAGUUGAUAUUAAAAAUCAGUCCUCGGAGGUGACGGGGCACAGCAGAGUCGGCUCGAGAACUGAUUUUAUAUUGCCUCCGGGACAUCGUGAUGAACCAAGAUCAGCAUCAAUUGGGGUCGGUGGCAAUGCUGCUACUAAGACACCAUCUUUUCGGGGUCACGCUCGACAAGCUUCUAGAUCAGAAUCUAUAUACACUAUUAGACGUUCUGCAGCUCCACCAUUGUGGAGGCGGAUCUGUGCCCAUUGUUUCGGUUCUUGUAAAUCACAAGAAGAAUCUCGACUGCGAACUAUUGUGCCUAAUCACCUCGUACCACUAAAAACGCCAUUAGAUCAGCAUCCUAAUGGUGCUCGUGUUGAUAACAGGGUGCGUACAACCAAGUACACGAUUUUAAGUUUCUUGCCACGCAAUUUACUGGAGCAAUUCCACCGGGUUGCAAAUCUUUACUUCAUUUUUAUUGUUUUGUUGAAUUGGGUACCGGCUAUUAAUGCAUUUGGUAAAGAAAUAGCCAUGAUUCCAGUUUUAUUUGUUUUGGGAGUUACCGCAAUAAAAGACUUUUUCGAAGACCGUCGAAGAUUAGCCAGCGAUCGACGAGUCAACAACUCAAUGUGUCGUGUGUACGUUAGUGAAUUUGACCGAUACGCAAAGGUUGCUUGGAAAGAUAUAAAAGUUGGCGAUAUCGUACAUCUGUCAAACAAUGAAGUUGUGCCAGCAGAUAUUCUGUUGCUUCGAAGCAGCGAUCCUCAAGGUUUUGCAUUUUUGGACACAUGCAAUCUUGACGGCGAGACGAAUCUUAAGCAACGUCAAGUAGUAAGGGGUUUUUUAAAUCACCAAAAUUCGUUUCAACCUUCGAAAUUUCGGUCUGUUAUUGAAAUUGAUGCACCGACAACUAAGAUUUAUAGAUUUUAUGGAGCAGUAGUACAUCCAGAUGGUUCUAGAGUGUCGGUUACAACAGAAAAUCUAUUGCUACGAGAAUGUUUGUUGAAAAAUACAGACUUUGUCGAAGGUAUUGUCGUCUAUGCGGGUCAUGAGACCAAAGCGAUGUUGAACAACGGAGGGCCGAGAUACAAACGGUCGCGGCUGGAAAGAAAAAUGAAUACGGAUAUAAUAUGGUGUGUUGUAAUUCUCUUGAUUCUAUGUGUCAUCGGAGCUGUUGGUUGUCGUGUUUGGCUAUCAAUAAUCAGCAGUGACGUGGCCUCGACAAUAUCAAUACCAUUUUUAUCAAUAUUCCGCAGUUCUAUUUUUGAAGGAGUUAUUUCAUUCGGUACUUUUAUUAUUAUCUUACAAGUUAUGAUACCUUUAAGUUUAUACGUAACAAUGGAAAUGGCUAAAGUCGGUCAAGUUUAUCAUAUCGGACAUGAUGUCGGUCUUUUUGAUGAAGAAACCCAACAAAAAACAGAGUGCCGUGCUCUAAAUAUAACUGAAGAAUUGGGACAAAUUCAGUAUGUAUUUUCAGAUAAAACAGGAACUCUUACUGAAAAUAAAAUGAUAUUUCGACGAUGUACGAUCGGCGAUGGGUAUGAUUAUCACCAUGAGGGUGAAGAUGAAAAUAUAUCAGUAUGCACGCGAUUAAAAGAAGAUUUACUGAUAGGAAACACCCGGCAUCGGCUUCAAGAGUUUUUAAUUCUUCUCGCCAUUUGCAAUACCGUUGUUGUAAAUACUACGCCUCAUUAUGAUUCAAUGAAUUCAAAUGGCACAGUCGAAGAAGAGCCCGCCGAGUCCAACGAAGUGUCGGUAAUGAGAUACAAAAGAUUAAAAAGAUUAGAGUUAUCGAAUACGCCGGCAUCGUCAUCGUCAUUACCAUCGCCAACACUCGCAUCGUCGCAACCACAAACUCCUCUGUCAACGAUGAUGCCAUUAUCAGCACUGCCUCUAUCUACCUCGUUUAACGAUUUUAAUCACGAUAAUACAGCAACAACGAUAUCCACAUCAUCAUUAAGACUUGAAAGGUCAUUGUCUUUAAAUGUACCGAAUAAAAUAUUCCGACGUAAAUUAUUAAAUAUUGCAACGAUAUCCGGAAUGCUAUUACGUAAGCACUCGCCGAUUGAUGAAGAAGUUAAAUAUGACAGUAAUAAUUCAUUGUCAAAUACCGACGCCCAAGCUAUCUAUGGUUAUCAAGCUGAUUUACAGCCACGUAUCUACGAAGCCGAGAGUCCCGAUGAAUUAGCGCUCGUUCAUGCUGCCAAAGCUUAUAAUAUUAGAUUGAUUAAUAGGACAUCCAAGAGUGUUGUUAUAUCACUGCCAAAUAAAUCAACACUUACCUACGAAAUAUUACAGGUGUUACCAUUUGAUUCAACUAGAAAAUGUAUGUCUGUUGUUGUACGUCAUCCGCUUACUAAUGAAAUAAUAUUGUAUACAAAAGGAGCUGAUUCAACGAUAUUGUCAUCAUUGGCUGAAGGUGCUGAAACAAAUAAUGACGAAUCAUCAGCCAAUGUCUUAAAAAUACGUCAACAAUUAUAUACGUACGGUCGACAAGGUUUACGAACUCUUGCAAUGGGUAAACGAGCAUUGACAGAAAGUGAAUUUGAAUCAUGGAAACAGAAAUACAUUGAAGCUGAAUUGUCAACAAGUGAAAAUCGUGAAAAAAAAUUACGGGAAUGUUAUUCACUUAUUGAGUCAAAUUUAAAAUUAGUUGGAGCUACGGGAAUUGAGGAUAAACUACAAGAAGGUGUACCUGAGGCAAUCGCCACUCUUAUAAAUGCAGGAAUAGUUGUGUGGGUAUUGACUGGUGACAAACCAGAGACUGCUGUCAAUAUCGCAUACUCAGCGAGACUUUUUUCUCCGACGAUGCAGCUACUGAGGCUGCACGCAAGAUCUAAAACGAUGACGGAAACUUUGAUCCGGGGGUUUUUGGAUACCAUUCAUGUUAAUGAAGACGAUUCAAUUGGCGGAUCAGAACUUCAGCACCAGCAACAAAAACGAGCUCUCGUGGUCGACGGGAAAACUCUUACAUUUAUUUUAGACCCUAGAUCAGGACUCACAGCUCCGUUUUUGGAACUCACGCAAAAUUGUUCUAGCGUAUUAGCUUGUCGCGCUACGCCACUGCAAAAAGCUUAUAUAGUUAAAAUUGUUAAGGAUAAAUUGUCUGUACGGACAUUAGCAAUAGGUGACGGUGCCAAUGAUGUGAGUAUGAUUCAGACGGCUGAUGUUGGUGUCGGAAUCUCUGGCAGAGAAGGAACCCAAGCUGUGAUGGCUUCAGAUUUUGCUAUUGCAAGAUUUCCCAUGCUCGCACGGUUGCUUCUUCUACAUGGGCACUGGUGUUAUGACAGGCUGGCUCGAAUGAUUCUUUAUUUUUUUUACAAAAAUGCGAUGUUUGUUUUUCUCAUCUUCUGGUAUCAAUUUUACUGCGGGUUUUCUGGAGCUGUGAUGAUUGAUCAAGUGUACCUGAUGCUAUAUAAUUUACUAUUUACCUCACUGCCGCCUUUGGCGAUUGGAGUUUACGAUAAAAUAGCUCCGGCAAAUAUUUUAUUAUCAUAUCCAGAACUUUACGCUCGAGGAAGACUUGGACUUAUUUAUAAAUCUCAUUCAUUUUGGUUAACCACCGCCGAUGCACUUUAUCAAAGUAUCGUUAUUUUCUUUGUAACGGAAGCGGCUUACCAUGAUUCUGAAAUAGAUAUCUGGGAGUUCGGAACAACAAUAACUACCUCUUGUAUAAUUGUUAUGCUUAUUCAAGCGUCAUUAGAAUUUAAAUCUUGGACAAUCAUUCAUGUGGCUACAAUUUUGGGUUCACUAGGAAUUUUUUUCGGAUUUGCUCUUAUAUACAACAUUGCCUUUGUAAAUUUAAUGGGUUUACCUGGUUCAUACUGGAUAAUGCCAAAAGCCAUUACACGACAUACGUUUUGGCUAACAGUAAUACUUAUUUCAGUGCUUGCUAUUUUACCGAGAUUUGUAUGUAUAAUAUUGAAGAACACAGUCGCUCCGGAUAUGGUACUUCGAGCAAAACUUCAAUCUAAAAUGAAGCACAACAUUACAACAACUACAACAAUGCUUACAUCUGCUACAAUGAGAACUCAGAGUAAUCAUAGUCGUCUGUCAGAUGGAAACAGUAUAUUCGCGAGUUGUUCACGUUCGUCACAGCAUACGACACCGAAAUCGGAAAUUCAACCAGAAACAAUAAACAAUUCACUGACGACAAUCGUUGCAUAAUUUACUUAAAGGAUAAAGUUAAAUAAUUUUUAAGCAACACCAUUGCUAAUUUAAUAAUUAAACCAAUUUAUAUAUAAAUAUUUAUUUUUAUCUAUUAGUUUUAAAGCAUCGACCAAUUAUACUUAUAUUAAGACUUCUCGAGCGCUAAAAAAAAUUUUUUAUUUUGAUAUAUAAAUAAAAAAGUUAUUGGUGCUAAAAUUAUUAUUAAAUAUAUUUUAUUUAGCGCUCGAGAAAAACCAACUAAUUUUACUGUUUAUCUUUUUAAUUUAAUUAUCUAUUUAUAAAAAAAAAUUAUUAUUAUUAUUAUUAUUGUUAUUGUAUUAAAUUAAAUAUCAUAUAGACAACAUAAUGUCAAUGAAAAGUUUUCAUUUAUGACGUAAUAGUAAGUAAGAUAAAGAUUUAUACGAAAGAAAAUUGCUAUGAUUAUUUUUAAUAUAAUUAUUUGAUGUUUUUUCUGUUAAUAUUAUUAUUGAUAUUGUUAUAUUUAUAACUCAUUGUUUAAAUGCAAUCAUGUCACUUUCAUCAAUAUUACAUAAAUGAUUAAUUAAUAUUGAUCGAUAUAUAUUAAAAAAAAUAAAACAAUGAUAAUAAGUAAUAAAAAGUGGCCUUGUAAUUGCGGUCUACAAUUAAUUGCAUUUAUUGGCUGUGACUAUUGUUAUGUGCAGGGGACCAAGUAUUUUAUUAAUAAAUAAAAUUUUAAUAAUAAAAUAAAAUAUCAAAUGGGCACAUCUGCCUUGCUAUAGAGAAAUAUAUGUAGAAAAAGAAAUAUAUAUGUGUUCGAGCCAAAAGUGGGAUUGAUAAAGUCGCUUAAAUAGUAAUUAUUAGAAAAUGUACACUGCGUAAUUAAAGAAAUAAAUUAGAGAUCAACGGUUACCGUAAAAUAUCUCUGUUAGUUAAUUAUAUACAUAUGUAUGUAUCUAUUUUUUUGUAAAACAUUAAUAUAUAUUUAAUAUAAUUAUAAUAUAGCAAAAAUAAAUAAGAUGAUUAAUGUGAUUUAUAAU